CGAAACGUGGGGCCCCCAUCCUCACGGCCAUGUGCCAGGGAAGUGCCAAUGAGCCUUUCGGCCCUACCCACAGGCGACCCCGGCUUCUGCCAGUGCUUGGGGUUUCCCCCAGUGCCAUGGGAGCCCGUCAGAUUGGUCCAAGGUGACAGGGUGAGUGAGAGAACGAGUGAAUGGUGUUCAAUGGUACGCUACUCCGAUUCACCUCGGCGUCCCAGUCACUGGUACAUCAUCGUGGUUCAUACUUAAAGUACUCACUCUGCCCAUAUCAAGCCCGGGUUCUGUCCUGUCCCUUUCUCCUUCGACAUAUACCCUCGUCCCUUUUUUCUUGUAGCAUCACUGCUUCGACCUCAUACUCCGAUCCAUCAGGUUCUUCUCUUCUCACCGUGCGGCAUUGCGUAUUUGCGUUGCACAAACAAACACAACCGUCCAACAUGGCGAAGCUUGCUAUCGCCAAGCCCCGAGAGGAGGCUGGCAAGGCCUGGCCGGCCAUUUGCGUCGGUGCCUUCGUCGCCUUCGGCGGUGUUCUGUUCGGAUACGACACCGGUACAAUCUCUGGCAUCCUGGCCAUGCCCUACUUCCAACAUCGAUUCUCCACGGGCUACAUCAACCCAACCACAAACGAGCCUGGCAUCUCCCCCUCCCAGGAUUCGGCCAUCGUCAGUAUCCUGUCCGCAGGCACCUUCUUCGGCGCCCUUUCGUCCCCCUUCUUGGCCGACAAUAUCGGGAGACGACUCGCUUUGAUCGCGUCCACCUUUGUCUUCAUCUUUGGCGUCAUCCUCCAAACUGCCGCCGUCGCCCUGCCCCUGUUCCUCGCCGGCCGCUUCUUUGCUGGUUUUGGUGUCGGUCUCAUCUCGGCUCUCAUUCCCCUCUACCAAAGCGAGACGGCUCCUCGGUGGAUUCGAGGAGCAAUCGUGGGAGCCUACCAAUGGGCAAUCACAAUCGGCCUCCUGCUGGCUGCCGUCGUCGACAAUGCCACCGCCAACCGAAAUGACACCGGCUCGUACCGAAUCCCAGUCGCAGUCCAGUUUGCGUGGGCCAUAAUCCUCAUCGGCGGAAUGCUCAUCCUGCCCGAGUCUCCUCGAUACCUCAUCAAGCAGGGCAAGGGCGAGAAGGCCGCCCAAGCCCUCGGAUAUCUUCGACGUCUCCCCGCCGACCACCCAUCCAUCACCUCCGAGCUGUCUGAGGUUCGGGCAAACCACGAAUACGAGAUGAGCCUUGGCAAGGCGAGCUACAUCGACUGCUUCCGUGGAGACAUGAUCAAGCGUCAAUUCACCGGCAUGGCCCUCCAAGGAUUGCAGCAGCUGACUGGCAUCAACUUUAUCUUCUACUAUGGAACACAAUAUUUCAAGAACUCCGGAAUUUCAGAUCCCUUCGUUAUCCAGAUUAUAACUUCUGUCAUCAAUGUGUUCUCGACCCUUCCCGGCUUGUACGCCGUCGAUAAAUUCGGUCGCCGACCUUUGCUGCUCUGGGGCGCUGUAGGGAUGGCCACCUCCCAGUUCCUUGUAGCGAUGCUGGGAACCUUGACCACAGGCCAGGACUCUGCCGGAGCCAUCAUCGUGUACAAUCUUUCCGCGCAGAAGGCCUCAAUCGCAUUCGUGUGCAUCUAUAUCGCGUGUUUUGCGUCGACUUGGGGCCCUCUUGCUUGGGUCGUCACCGGAGAGAUCUUCCCACUGAAGCAUCGGGCUAGGUCUCUGUCCAUCACCACUGCCACAAACUGGCUCCUGAACUGGGCGAUCGCCUUCAUGACCCCGUACCUGGUCAACUACGGAGACGGCUAUGCCAACCUGCAGUCCAAGGUCUUCUUCAUUUGGUUCGGCUGCUGCUUCAUCUGCAUCGCCUUCGUCUACUUCUUCAUCUACGAAACCAAGGGGCUGUCCCUCGAGGAGGUCGACGAGCUGUACACAGAGGUCAAGGGCAUCAGCGCCGCCAGGAAGAGCAAGCACUGGACACCUAAUACCACCUUCAAGCAGAGGGAGUCGAUUGCUCACCAGGGCGGCGUCAUUGGGGGCGAGAAGGAUGCCAACUUGGAGCAUUCUGAGGGCGCUGUGGCUUGAUUUUUAGAUGCAGUGCCAGCGGGCCUUCUUGUAGUUCCUUGACUUUUUUCAGUAAAUAAGUACGAAAUUCAACACUUUUUGCGUG